GGCCGACCGAGCUCAGUUGAUCGCAAGACAGCAGACGAGAAACACCGUACCCGAGUUCAUAGGCACGAUACUUUAUCGUGGUAUCUGUGAUACUGCCAGUGGAACUUUAGUGUUGUGAAUUGUACUUCAAAUUUAACAGGGCAUCAUGGGCAAGGAUUACUACAAGAUUCUGGGCAUCUCCAAAGGUGCCUCAGAUGAGGAUAUUAAAAAGGCUUACAGAAAAAUGGCCCUGAAAUACCAUCCGGACAAGAAUAAGUCAGCAGAUGCCGAGGAGAAGUUCAAAGCCAUCGCAGAGGCCUACGAAGUGUUGAGUGACAAGAAGAAGAGAGAUAUUUACGACCAAUAUGGUGAAGAAGGCCUGAAGGGCGGGGUGCCAGGCAGCGGAGGGGGUGACGGAACCCACUUCACGUACACCUUCUCCGGCGACCCCAGGGCCACUUUCCAACAGUUCUUCGGCACCAAUGACCCAUUUGCUCACUUCUUCAACAUGGGUGUCGACGGCCACGGUCCCCACGUCUUCGACGACAUGGAUGUCGACGAUGAUCCCUUCAUCAGCAUGAUGGGAGGAGGCGUCGGUGGUCCUCGGAUGGGGGGUACCCGCCGCGCUUUCAGUUUCAAUCCCCACGAUACCUCCAGACCCCACGGGGGGAAGGGACGCCACCAGGACCCCGCCAUCACCAGGGACCUGUACGUGACCCUCGAAGAAGUGGCCAAGGGAGUGACCAGGAAGAUGAAGAUCACGCGGAACGUGUCCAGCAGCGACGGGAGGUCCACCAGGAGAGAGGAGAAGAUUCUCACCAUCGACAUCAAGCCCGGCUGGAAGGAAGGAACCAAGAUCACCUUCGAAAAGGAGGGCGACCAGGUGCCCGGCAAGAUCCCCGCUGACAUCAUCUUCGUUAUAAGGGACAAACCUCACCCGACGUUCAAGAGAGACGGUGCCAACUUGAUCUACUCGGCCAAAAUCCCCCUCAGGGACGCCCUCUGUGGUACCAGAGUGUCCGUCCCCACCUUGGAGGGCCAGAAGGUCACGCUCAACUUCAGCAACGAGAUCAUCAAGCCCCAGACAACGAAGAGACUCCAAGGAUACGGUCUGCCCUUCCCCAAGGACCCCACGAGAAAAGGUGAUAUCAUCGUCCACUUUGACAUUCAGUUCCCGAACACCCUGUCGGAAAGCGCCAAAGAAAUCCUCUCCGAAGUAUUGCCGUUUUAAGCGAAUCAGGAAACCGUCCGUGUACAUUUAAAUCCGCGCCCUUGACGCAGGAGAGCCCAUCUCCGUGGGCGACCCCUUGACACACGCCCAUUCCGCGGGCGGAAGUCAAAGCACCGGUGAGGUGCAGCAGCUGCUGUGAGGUGCGAUGUGGGCGUCGAAGUGAUGAUGACAUCACUGGCACUACAGACGUGCGGCCCUUGGACUGAAUGUGGAUGUGUGUGCGCGCGUGUGUGUGUGUCUGUGCGCGACUUAGAAUUGGACGAAUGUGGAUGUUGCCCAGAAAGCAUUUUCUAAGUCACUGUAUUAUAAGGAUUUGCUUCUGCUUUAAGUAACCCGCUACUUAGAAGUGUAGAGGAACUGUUUUUCCUUUUUUAUAUCGCCUCGAAGUCUGCAUUUGAGUGGAGAUAACUGUCGGCUAAAAAUAGAAUGGAGGAAUUUGGCAGCUUUUUUUAUGUUAUGGAAUGUAAGGUAGAUCUGAAUUGGGACGAGAGUUUUUAUAACGUGUAUAUAAUUAUAUAGUUAUGUAGAAUAUAUAAUUUUAUUUAUAUUUGUUCGUCGUCAUAAUGUCAAGUCCUUGUAUCAAGGGUCCAUAUUUUUGUAGUGAUAAUUCAUUAUUCAUGAAAUUAAAACUUCCGUCUUCCAUAUUGUAUGCAAAGAUUUUUUGUUUAUUUUAAGUUUUAUUAUAAUAAUUGCACAAAUAUUCUGUGUGCAACUUUCAUGACACCAAAGAAUCUUAUGUCAUUUAUGAUGUAAGUUACAAAUAAAGAAUCUAUUUUGUAUAA